AACAAAGGGAUANAAGGAUAGCAGGCAAAUGUUUGAUCAACAUAUUUUAAAAUAUGUCAUGAUUUGGUUAUUAUUGUACUUCCGCAUUACUCUGAAAAUAUUUUUAAAUGGGUCGCGAUCCAGAGUCUGUAAAUUUAAUAUUUAUAAGUAAUUGUCAUUUUCAAAUGUCAAGCGAAAUUUUUAUUUAACUCUUGUUUCACCAUAAUUCGUAUAAUUCCGGGGGUUCAAUUCUCCUUACACUUGAGUUGAGAAUCAAAUGGCAGCGGCUCCACCACUACCACAGCCGGCGGCGGCAGAUGUUCUUAGAAGACCGUCACUCUACGUCGGUGAUCUCCACCCUGAGACCACCGAGAGGGACCUGUUGGAGUCGUUUUCUAGGAUGGGGACAUUGGAUUCAGUCCGCCUCUGUAGAGAUACUGUGACGAAGAGAUCUCUCUGCUACGCUUAUGUCAACUUCCUCUGCUUUUCUGAUGCUUUGAAGGCUAUGACGUGCCUGAACCACACUAACCUGAGGGGUAAGCCUAUGAGGAUCAUGUGGUGUCAGAGGGAUCCAUUGGUAAGAAAAUCUGGGGUUGGCAACCUUUUCGUCAAGAAUCUUGCACCUUCAGUAACCAGUGCUCAACUGGAGAGGAUGUUUAGCAACUAUGGGACGAUUAUCUCUUGCAAAGUUGUUGUUGAAGAUGGAAAAUCCAAAUGUUUUGGAUUUGUUCAGUUUGAUUCUGAGCAUUCAGCCAUGUUUGCUAUUCGUUGUCUCAAUGGAACAAUGUUGGAAGGAAAGAAACUAUAUGUCUCAAAAUUUAUCAACAAGCAAGAGAGGAAGGUUCCAUGUGAAGACUUCAAAUUCACAAAUCUGUAUGUGAAGAACUUGGAUGAUGAUCUGACUGAAGAUCUCUUAAGGGAGAAAUUUUCAAAACAUGGGAAGGUCCAAAACGUUAUCAUUGUUAGAGACGAAAAUGGAAAGUCAAGAGGUUUUGGCUUUGUCAAUUUUCACUCCCAUGAAGACGCUAGCAGGGCUGUUCAGUGUAUGAAUGGCACAUUACUUGGAUCAAAGCAACUGUUUGUUGUAAGGGCGCAGAAGAAAGACGGUAGAGAUGAUAUCUCAAGAUGUGCAUAUGACCACACAAUCAGCCUUGAUGACAACAAGCCCGAGGCUUCCACUUUGCAUGUGAAGAAUCUAAGUCAAUCAAUUGACGACAGAAAAUUAAGAGCACUUUUCACUGCUUAUGGAAAGUUACUAUCUGUGAAGAUCAUGCGUCAUGAUGAUGGUGUCAGUAAGGGAUUUGGCUUCGUGAGCUUUUUAAAUCCUGGAGAUGCAAAAAGGGCUACGGAUAACCUUGAUGGAACAACUUGUGAUGGAAUGUGUCUGCAUGUGGCGUUAGCUUGGCCGAAGGAAGAACGCACCAGGGCAUCCUAUGCCCCACAAAAACCACAGUCAUUUUCCCCUCCUUACCAAGAAAUUGUCAUGCCUACACUCCAAGAGUUCCUCUACUAUGCUCCUCCUUAUUAUAUGUCAAUGCCAGAUUUCAGUCCUGCCAGAACAUAUCAAACUGUUAGCAGACAGAUGGGCACCUUCUUCCCUGUCGGAAUGUACAAUUUUCAAGGGGGGAAGAACUUGAUUCAUGGGCCAGAUAAACAACGACCGCAGCAGUUGCCCAAUAAUAAGCACUUCAUCACCUCGUACAAACCUACAAAGUCUGCUCUUCCUUUGAAUGAUUCUGCAAAGCUGGGAAACCAAAAGAGUCAGAAGGCGAAAAAUGCAAAUGGAACAACAAUGCGAGUUGUACUACCUCCACCAGAACCGACCAGCAACAAAGAGCUAACAAAAGCUUCAAUGUUGCAGCUCAUGAUAGAUCUUGAGAGCGGGCAUGCUGCAGAGAUAAAUGCACUGAUAUCGGAAGGGAGGAAGAAACUCAUGAUAAAGAAAAUGAUGAACUUGCCAGACACUUUGGUAGCAAAUAUUGAAGAAGCAAUCAAUGUGCUGAAAGCAGAGAAUCCUUGGGACAAUCAAAGCUCUGAAGGUGAAGGUUCAGAGGACAGAAAAAUGACGGAUGCUAAGUGGGCCAAACACCGGAAGAACGACAAACCAGAAAAAUUGUCGGAUGAAGAGUGGGAGGAUUUGAAGGACAUGGCAACAAGUACAAUAUGUCUAUGUCUUGCAAAUAAUACUCUUCGGGAGGUUCUCGGUUUGACGGACCCAGUGGAUAUUUGGGACAAGUUGGAGAGCCGGUACAAGUCAAAAUCGUUGACAAGUAGGCUAUACUUGAAGAAACGAUUGUUUGGUCUCCAAAUGGCGGAGGAAGCUAACUUUAAUGGGCACUUGGAUGAAUUCAACAAGAUUACAACAGAGUUGGAAUCCAUUGACGUGAAGAUUGAAGAGGAGGACAAGACGCUGCUUUUAUUGGCUUCAUUGCCUUCAUCUUUUGACAACAUCGUGACCACGCUCUUGUUUGGAAAAGAGACCUUAAAAUUUGAUGAAGUAGUUGCUGCGUUGUUGAUGAACGAGACUCGGCGGGGUGGCAACGGGGUAUCAAAUGAUGGUCAAGCUUUGGUUGCAAAAGGAGCUGGUCGGGAACGAGGACGGUCUAAAGAGAGGGGCGGCGCGUCCCAACGCUUCAAAUCGAGUAGUAAAAGCUUUCAGUGUUACUACUGCGAUGAAGAGGGUCAUUUCAAAAGGGAUUGUCCAAAGAGGAGGAAGGAAAAGAAGGACGGGAAAACACCCGUGAAUGCGGUUGCAGAAAGUUCGAGCCAAGAAACUAAAGAAGACUUAUUUUUGGCAACCGCAAAGAGCCUAGAUAAAUCAGAUUGGAUAUUAGAUUCGGGUUGUUCGUUUCAUAUGUGUUCAGUUAAGGAAAAGUUUGAUACCUAUCAAACUUGUGAUGGGGGUGUUGUGAAGAUGGCAAAUGGUGCACGGAGCAAAAUUGCAGGGGUCGGAACAGUGCAAGUUCGCAUGUUUGAUGGCGUGGUGAGAACAUUAACUGGAGUGAAACAUGUACCGGGUCUAAAAGGAAAUUUGAUUUCCUUGGGGGCUUUAGAUUCAGAAGGCUGCCGAAUUUUUGCUCAAGGUGGAGUGUUAAAAAUCUCUAGGGGAGCAAUGGUAGUAGCAAAAGGAGUUUUGUCAAAUGGCUUGUAUAAACUUGCAGGAAAAGAUUUGGCACGGAAGCUGUCAGAAGGAAAAAUUACAAGUGCAACAAGCGGAGCAUUUGCAUGGAAGAAGCGGGUGACGUUUGAAGCUUCUCAGGUUGGUGGAGACUGUGACCUUGCCGGAACGAGCAAGGUGGAGCCGGACCAUGAGUACAAAGAAGACGAAGACGGUGGAGCAGCGAGGAUGACGAGGAGUGAUGGUGGCAGAAAUCCGUUGAAAACAAUAGAGAAGGAAGAUAGAGCUGCAAAGGUUGCCGCUGCUUUACAGAGGUUGACGAAGGAGAAAGGCGGUAGAUGGGAGGAGAGGCCUCAGAUGAAAACCCUAGUCGGGUGGAAGCCCGGAGAGAAAGCCGUUUACCUUUACGGCCAUGUCUACAAACCCUCCGUUGCACAACGACCGCCAGAAGAUCAGUUCCUUCUUCUCCCCGUUCUAUUUCAAUAGUCAAUUCUCUCCCCUCACUCGAUGGUACCGGAGACGCUCUAGCAUUGAACACGGCAAUGGAAAACCCUAGCGCUACAACUACCUCUAACAUUGAUAAACAAAAAGAGAAAAAUCGAUUUUUUCCUAAGCGAGGGCAGACCUUGGAGCUGGUUUGUGAUUCUAUAGCUUUUAAAGGGAAAGGCGUUUGUAAGGUCGCUGAUACUGGCUUUGUGGUUAUGUGCGAUCGUGCCUUCCCUGGUGAACGCUUCCUCGGUCGCGUCACUCGCAAAAAAGACAAUUACACCGAGGAUGAUAGGUUAAAAAAAUGAAGACCAUAUCACCUCAUUGGGACCUUGUCGAGGCACCGUGUGAAUAUGCUUCACAUUGUGGAGGUUGCAAAUCACAGAGUUUAUCAUACAAAGCUCAGAUCAAUGCAAAAGAGCAACAAGUUCGGGAUCUCGUUGUGCAUGUAGGCAAGUUCUCAGAUAAAAAUAUGGAAUUUGCCCAUGUGAUGCAACCAAUUGUUCCGUGUGAUAUACAAUUUGGGUACAGGAAUAAGGUUUGUAUUGGAAU